CGCGACGCGCGCACGCAUCCAGCCAGCGCCGCACACCUCCCACCCACACUCUUCUCAGAUACCGCCGCCGUAACAAUGCCGAAGUUCUUCUGCGACUACUGCGAUGUGUACCUCACGCACGACAGCAUGAGCGUGCGCAAAGCCCACAACAGCGGCCGCAACCACCUGCGCAACGUGCAAGCCUAUUACGAGCAGAUCUCCAGCGAUCAGACACAGCAAGUCAUCAACAGCAUCACGGAUGCGUACACCGCCGAGGGUCAGGCGAAUCCACUGUAUGCGGCGAAUCUGAGUGGAGGGUUUCCUGGAGGACCCAUGGCGCCGCCGAUGGGCAUGGGUGGGCCGAUGGGGAUGCCGAUGCCAGGAGGAAUGCCGGGAAUGCCACCACCAUUCAUGCAAGGCGGACGAGGUGGUCCUCCCAACAUGCCUCCAUUCCCACCGAACGGAAUGCCGCCUUUCCCGCCAAAUGGAAUGCCACCAUUCCCCGGCGGCGCGCCUCCGCCCUUUCCGCCCAACAUGGCUGGAGGGCCACCGAUGGGUGGUGUGCCCCCAAACAUGCCAUUCCCCUUCCCUCCAGGGCAAGCGGGAUCGCCUCCUGCUGGCAUGGGAUUCCCUCCGCCGGGCUCCAUGGGCAACAUGCCUCCGCAGCGCUUCCCUCCCGGCCCACCUGGACGCUAGGCGCAUCCUGACGUGAACAUGGGCGGAACAAUGCCACCAGGCUUAAUGAUACCACAAGAUUACUUUGCAAGUAAGAGAUGCAGGCGCGAAGACGAAGACGCAGAGAUACCCAGCAUGCGAGGAGGCGCGGGCAGGGACAGGGGUGGUGCCGCAGCUGCUACAGGCGCAAAUGCAGCAGCACUACCGAAGAGGCUGAAGAUAGAGCCCGCAGCCGCAUCAGAGACGAUCUGACACCGCCUGCUUAGCGCUGUGCGCCAUGCACGCUCUCAAUAGAUGACACUCACGGUGGCACAGCAGUGCGCUUCCACCGUCAAAAGCAGCAAUAACUACGAAAUCAAAAUGGUAACAUUCUACUUCUCAGCACUAAAUUCACUCCCUCGC